CCCCGCUUCCGGCAGCGGCCGCGUUGCAGCGUCAUCGUGAGGGGCCGGUUUGAAUGAGAUCCCGAGGCAGGGGCCGCUCCCGACCCGCCGCCGCCCGCCCCUCCUGCCCGCCCGCCGCUUCCCUCCGGUAACGCCGCUCCCGCCUUCGCGCCGUCCGCCAUGCCGCUCUUCUCAGUUAACGUGAAAUGGGGAAAAGAGAAAUUUGAUGGUGUGGAGCUGAACACGGAUGAGCCUCCAAUGGUCUUCAAGGCUCAGUUGUUUGCCCUGACCGGGGUUCAGCCGGCUCGACAGAAGGUCAUGCUUAAAGGAGGAACCCUGAAGGAUGAUGACUGGGGGAACAUAAAAAUAAAAAACGGGAUGACCUUAUUAAUGAUGGGCUCUGCAGACGCGCUCCCGGAAGAGCCCAUUGCUCGGCCUGUCUUUGUGGAGGACAUGACAGAGGAGCAGCUGGCUUCUGCUAUGGAGUUACCAUGUGGAUUGACAAACCUUGGCAACACUUGCUACAUGAAUGCUACAGUUCAAUGUAUCCGCUCAGUGCCAGAAGUGAAAGAGGCCCUUAAAAGAUAUGGUGGUGCCUUAAGAGCUUCAGGAGAAAUGGCCUCUGCUCAGUACAUUACUGCAGCUCUUAGAGACUUGUUUGAUUCCAUGGAUAAAACCUCCUCCAGUAUCCCACCUAUCAUUCUCCUGCAGUUUUUACAUAUGGCCUUCCCACAGUUUGCAGAGAAAGGUGAUCAAGGGCAAUACCUCCAACAGGAUGCCAAUGAGUGCUGGGUGCAGAUGAUGAGGGUACUACAGCAGAAGCUGGAAGGCAUAGAAGGUGAUACAGUGAUGGAGACAGACUCUGGAGCUACAGCUUCUAAAAAGAAGAGUUUAAUUGAUCAGUUCUUCAGCAUUGAAUUUGAAACUGCCAUGAAAUGUACAGAAGCCGAAGAAGAAGAGGUAACUAAAGGAAAGGAGAAUCAGCUCCAGCUCAGCUGCUUUAUCAAUCAAGAAGUGAAAUAUCUGUUUACGGGACUAAAACUGCGUCUUCAAGAGGAGAUCACCAAACUCUCUCCGACUCUGCAGAGAAAUGCACUCUAUAUCAAAUCUUCUAAAAUAAGUCGCUUGCCAGCGUACCUGACCAUUCAGAUGGUUAGAUUUUUUUACAAAGAGAAAGAGUCUGUGAAUGCCAAAGUUCUUAAGGAUGUGAAAUUUCCUCUCAUGCUGGAUGUGUAUGAGCUGUGUACGCCAGAUCUUCAGGAAAAAAUGGUUUCCUACCGAUCGAAAUUCAAAGAUCUUGAAGACAAAAAAGUAAAUCAACAGCCAAAGAAUCUGAGUAAAAGCGACGGUGCACAGAAAGAAGUUAAAUACGAGCCCUUUUCUUUUCCUGAUGAUAUUGGUUCUAAUAACUGUGGCUACUACGACCUGCAGGCAGUGCUAACGCAUCAGGGCAGAUCGAGUUCCUCUGGGCAUUAUGUGUCCUGGGUUAAAAGGAAACAAGAUGAGUGGAUUAAGUUUGAUGACGACAAAGUCAGCAUUGUCACACCUGAAGACAUCCUGAGGUUAUCUGGGGGAGGAGACUGGCAUAUAGCCUACGUUCUACUCUACGGGCCGCGCAGAAUUGAAGUAAUUGAAGACGAAGCUGAACAGUAGCCUUCGGUUCUGAUCGUUCUGCCUAGGUGUGAAAUAAAUGUUGAUUACUGAUCACUUCUUUAACCCCAGAGCUUUCGCAGCUGGAUAUACAUAAUUGGUUCAGACCUUUUCUUGUCAAGAGGGACAUUGUUUAAAAACCAGUUUAGUCACUACGAGACUGGACUGCCCACUGCCGUAGUGACCAUCCUUACAAUAGCUUUAAUGUCUUGCAGAAGAUCGAUUUCAUUUUUAAACGACCCUCUUUUCCCCUCCUCUUCCUCUCUUAUGUCAUCAAGUAUUUAUUACACACCUACUCUCACAUGUGUUACUCUUGCAUGGUUCGUACCACAGUGCAGUGGCUGUCCGUCCUCUGCCUCCCUGGCGGGCGGGUGGAAGACAAACUGUUGCCUCCUUGCGUAACUCAGUGCUGCUGCCCAUAGCCAACAGCUGUGGCUCCAAUCAAGGGUUUUGCCCAGCCUGACCUGCUGAUCAGUCUGCGCUGUUGCUGCCAUUUCAUGACUUUACAAUAAAUUGUGAUCAACACUGUGUCUCCAUUAAAAGAAAAAAGAAAGUUGGUGGCUUGA